AUGAAUGUUACCACUGUGCUCUGCUGUCGCCUGACCCCCCUGCAAAAAGCCGCGAUUGUGAAGUUGGUGAGUAGUGGUCUGAAGGGUGUGGACGGUCUGGGUGCCCCGGUGACCGCCGCCAUCGGCGAUGGAGGCAACGAUGUUGCCAUGCUGCUCGAGGCCAAUGUCGGUGUCGGCGUCUUUGGCAACGAGGGCAGACAGGCUGUUCGGGCCGCCGACUAUGCCAUCCCAGCAUUUAGGUGA